UGUCUCGCCCACUACACACUAAUUAACGUAACUACUGAUCAUCAUAUAUAUAAAUACACCCCAUACCUCACUCUUCCAUAACAAUUCAACCAACCGGACACACCAUCCUUAAUUAACAUAACCUCACCUGAUCAGUUUCAAAAUGGAACAAGAGAAUAACAACAUUGUCCGUGUUGAAAAUGUUGAGCCCACUGGCUCGACAAUGACUACGACUACAGCCACAACUACAACCACAAUAACGACUACGCCUACGCCUACGUCCCCUGGAGAAGACAAGCCCCAAGACCAGAUCAGCAACUGGCUACCCAUCACUGCCUCCAGGAAAGCCAAAUGGUGGUACUCCGCUUUUCACAAUGUCACUGCCAUGGUCGGCGCUGGUGUUCUCGGCCUGCCCUUUGCCCUCUCGCAGCUUGGAUGGGCCCCUGGAGUGACUGCCAUUGUGCUCUCGUGGAUACUCACGUUCUACUCGCUGUGGCAACUGGUGGAGUUGCAUGAGGCGGCUCCGGGGCGGCGGUUCGACCGAUACCAUGAGCUAGGGAUGUACGCGUUCGGGCCAAAGUUGGGUUACUGGACCAUAAUGCCCCUUCAACUCACAGUUCAAGUGGCUUCCACGAUCGUGUACACAGUGACCGGUGGCAAGUCAUUGAAGAAGUCAUUCGACCUUAUGUUUCCAGAAGUGUUCGGCGGAGUCCGGGAGACUUACUUCAUCCUCUUCUUCACGGUGUUUCAACUAGUAAUGUCCCAAAGCCCUAAUUUCAAUUCGCUAAAAGGUGUUUCUCUUCUUGCUGCAAUCAUGUCCUUCUCCUACUCCAUGGUGGCUUGCGUUACAUCCUUCAUCAAAGGAACAGCAGACCACCACAUCCACCAUGUCACCUACGGGGUUAGGUCCCAGACGACCGUAGACAGGACCUUCGACGCAUUGAACGGAAUUGGCACGAUUGCAUUUGCCUUCGCCGGACACAGCGUGGUUCUGGAAAUACAAGCCACUAUUCCCUCCACCGAAGAGAAGCCGUCCAAGAUCCCAAUGUGGCGAGGAGUUUUUGUGGCUUACAUCAUUGUUGCCAUCUGCUAUAUCUCCGUUUCUGUUUCGGGAUAUUGGGCAUUUGGGAUCGCUGUUGAGGAUGACGUUCUUAUUUCCCUCGAGAAGCCUAAUUGGCUCAUUGCUGUUGCCAACUUCAUGGUUUUUCUCCACGUCAUUGGAAGCUAUCAGGUAUUUGCAAUGCCGGUGUUCGAUACCGUAGAAUCAGCUCUAGUACAAAGGUAUGAAUUCAAGCCAAGCCGAACACUGCGACUAAUUGCUCGAAGCAGUUUUGUUGCAUUAGUUGGACUUGUGGGGAUGUGCAUUCCAUUCUUUGGAGGAUUACUUGGAUUCUUCGGCGGAUUAGUGUUUUCUGCCACCUCAUAUUUCGUACCUUGCAUCAUCUGGUUGUUGGUUAAGCGCCCCAAACCAUGGAGCUUCCAUUGGAUUGCAUCUUGGGUGGCAACUGUCAUUGGAAUAUUGAUAGCAGUGCUAACGCCGAUUGGUGGACUUAGACAGAUUAUUCUCUCAUUCAAGACCUACAAGAUUUUUUCUUAGACCUUUUGCUUUUCGGAUUUUGUUUGUAUAUAUUCUAGUUUCUUUCCAAUGGUUUUUGGUUUGGGAGGGAAAUUGCUUAGCUUAACUCUUUUCCUUGAGUUGACUUUUUCAUUCCUUGACUUUGAUUUUUUUUUCCCCUUUUUCAAAUUACGAUUCAAUUUAGAAUUU